AUGCCCUUCCUUCUCGUACUUUUAGGAUUGGCCGCGAUCGCCGCCGCCACACCUCUCAAUGUGACGGUCGACGACACGUUCGGGGCGUAUCCUCGCGUCGGGGCCAACAUCACGUACAGCGAUGGGUGGUUCUCGGAGGGUUUCAGCAAUUGCCCCCAAUGUCGUCCGCCGUUCAGACAGGCAAUGAAUGCGUCGUGGACGGUGUCCUCUUACUUCCGCGAACAGCAAGGUGACCAGCCGAAGACCGCAACGCUGAAAUUUAACGGUACUGCGGUGUAUGUGAACUGUAUAGUGGGGCCUAGUACUGUCACGGGCGUAAUAGGCAAUGUCGACAUCACAUUCUCAAUCGAUGGCCUAGUUGGCCUUAAUUAUGCGGAACCUGCACCACAGCAAUACAUCUAUCGGGCUAACGUUUUCGCGAAGACGGACCUUUCCCCGGGAGAGCACACGCUGGUCGUCCAAAAUGGCAGGGGAAACGGGGCAUACGAUCAAGUCAUGAUGUUUCUUGAUUCCAUCAUAUAUACGACGGACGAUUCAGUGUUAUCUCAGCCUCCCUCAAAUUCCCCGCCGCCGCCCGACCAACCAGGCCAGCCGCAGCCAGCGGGGACCUCUAACGGAGUAGCGCAGCAUGUGGUCAUCAUCGCUGCUAUCUGCGCUGCUCUGGGUGGCUUUGUUCUUGGAGGCCUUGCACUUCACUUCUUCAAGCGAGUUCGACGUGCACGAGCUUCUGUGACCUCCCCAAGGCCUUUUGAUGCGUUCAAACCAAGCCCCUGGCAAGACAUGCCGUCGCCGACCCCCGCUUCGAUAUCUACUACCCCCGCUGUUACUGCCUGUUCAGCUGCUACAGUCAGCCCGCCGUCGUCGUCAGCGGCUCAGAGGAGCGCGAAUACUGACGUCGAACAAGUUGCGAGACAAACGAGUUCGCGCAGAAGCUCGACAGAUUUCUCGGGUCAGAGCGUGUUGAUUGUUGGCCCCGCACCCCCGGCGUAUUCUAGUUGA